GUGCUGAAGUGGGUAGAAUUUGCAGAAGCUUUCCCCCUCACCCUCGAAUCAAACUUCGAGAAUCUCAAGACAUUGAAUGAUGAACUGUCUGUAAAGUCUGUGCUACUGGGAAAUGGAUUGAAAACCUCCGAAGCUGAUGUUAUAGUGUUUUCGGCGAUUCAUUCCUCCGUGAUCAACCUUUCAAAUCCAAACAAGGAAAAGCUGCCACAUGUGUUGAGAUGGAUGGAUUACAUCCAGCACAAGGAGGACUUUGUAGGUUUAUUUGAGAAAAUACCAUUGCAGAAGCCUGAAUUUGAGCCUCCAGUAAAUGUAACAAAACCAGCUGUUACUUCAGAAGCUGAUUCAAAAUCAACCAAAACUGAGCAAAGUGUAAAGAAUGUCAACAAGAAAGAACCAGACACAAGCAAUGGCAAAAGCAAAGCUGAUGUUUGUGAAUCAACCUCUGGCACUAAGGGAAAGCCAGCAGGAGACAAAGAACCUACAAAAGUCAAGGCAAAACCUGCUGAAGAACCUUCAAAAGUCAAGGCAAAACCUGCUGAAAAAGAAGUGCCUGAGAAAGACAAUGAACUUAGCGUCAGUUUACUUAAUAUUCAAGUAGGACUAAUUCGCAAAGCGUGGAAGCAUCCAUCUGCAGACAGUUUGCUAGUUGAGGAGAUAGAUGUUGGGGAAACAAAAUUGCGGCAGGUUGUUAGUGGUUUGGCAAAGUAUUGUUGUCCCGAUGAGUUGACGAAUCAGCUUGUUGUACUUAUUACAAAUGUCAAACCUGGAAAACUACGGGAUGUGAUGUCUGAAGGACUGGUAUUAUGUGCUUCUAAUGAAGAUCACAGCAAGGUGGAGCCCUUGCUCCCUCCACAAGGAGCUAAAAUAGGGGAACGUGUUUCCUUUUAUGGGAUUGAUGGUAAGCCAGAAGAUGUACUUAACCCAAAAAAGAAACAGCUUGAGAAGAUCACACCGAAUCUCUUCACUGAUGAGAAGGGUGUGGCCACAUUCAAGGGAAUACCAUUUAUGACAUCUGGUGGACCAUGUACGUCAUCCAUUGCCAAGGCAACUAUUAAAUAAUAAUAAUGAUGAAGUCUGAAGAUAUGCCUCAUUCAUUGUUAUUGAUUACUCAUAGAUUGUCUGGUACCGCAAAAUAUUUUAGAAGUUUUGAACUAGUACUAGGACGUGAACAAAACGCAACUUCUCUACAAGUUUUUGUUGCAGAUGUAUAACAGGGUAUUAAAUGCGACAAGUAUGAUUUUGAAUCCAAGGAAUGGAAAAUUAAUAUUGUAACAUUUUGGCU